CGCGUCCUUCGCGGCCGCCUCGCAAGCCGCCGGCCUGGCCCCUGGACGAUGGUACCCCGGCUCCGCAGGGGCUCGGGUCAGCCAGGCCGCCCGAGCAGCAGCUCCAGUCGUCUGGAAAAGCUGCCAAGGAUGGGCGCUUACUGAAAUGGGAGGUUUCAACCCGUAGACGUGGGCUGUAUUUUCUCAGGAGAUGCUUAGUGAGGGAGGGAAAGCGGGGGAAAUACUGCAACCUGGAAGCAUAUGAAAGUCCAGGACAAGUUCUUUCUUGUAACUUUAUCCUCACGUUGUGUCCUGUACUGCUUUUUCCAUACUACUUUUGUUUUCUUCCGAAGGGUUGAAUAAUCCUGCUUGGUUUGUGGCUUCCCAUCAACUUUGCUUGUGAUUGGUGUUUUAUGUUGGUGGAAACUUCAGUGUCUUUCCCUUCUGGAACCGUUUCCCUUUCUCUGUCUACACCAUUGCUCCAAUUACUAUAUUUAAAACACCAGAUUUUUUUGUGAUGUAUUGUGUUGCCUUCUUACAGAAGGGAUGUUCUAAGUGGAUCAGUUGAGGCAAGAAAAGUGGAAAAGUAUGCUAUUAAUUUUUGGGUUUUGUUUAAUGAUUUAGUGGUAUAGGUCUCCUGAAGUAGAUAGUCUGGAUUGCUGCAGGAGAAAAAUACAAUCUUAUUUUUAGUUUCAGAGAAAAUGCUGUAGUGGUUCAAGAAAAUGUAUUUGAACUGCUAAAACUUACAUAUUAAUGGUUCUUCCUUGAGGGGACUGCAUCAGAAAUAAGCAGUCCAACAGAUGUUGGACUGCCAUCUGUCUAAUUCACUUACCCUUGAAGUGCUUCUUCCUUCUCAACACAAGUGGAAGGAUGGGGGGAAAGAUAGCAGAAGGGGCAAUAUCUGUUCAAACUGGUCUUCAUGUGAAAACUCAGCAGAAAACUUGGAUGCCGUGCUGCCGAUUUUCAAAUCCAGCUUUUUUAUGUACUAUUGCUUCUUCAUAGUACUUAAGAAGCGGUAUUGGUUAGGGUUUGGUGGUGGAGAAAGGUCUUACAGGUGUAUCUGUGCUAAAGUGGUAUACUGAAGCUUGAGUUGAUGCAGACCAAGCUACCACAAACAGUCCAUCAGUGACAUCAGGGUACAGUGCAAAUUUACUCUUCUCUACCACCAUGAUAAAAAUUCAGGAUAAAUCCUUGAGCAGUUGUGGCAAACUGCUUCUAGUAGCUCAGAUUGUCCUAAAAACAGUUUCUUUCUUUUCACACAUCGUCUUCAGCGCUGGUCAAGUCUCCAUUUCAGUUAUGCUUUUGCAUUUGCUGAAUUUGUUUAGGUUCUUGGUGCAGGCUGGGGAGGCUGUAUAUGUGCCUGAAGCUGUUCAUCAUCAGGGUGAGCAGCAAGUGACUCCUUUUAGUGGACUGAAAAAAGAAAUGUGGCUUCAUUCAACCCUCAGUUUUGGAAGGUGUUUAUAAUCUGUUAUAAGGAAAAAAAAUAGGAUUUCUUCCCAUCUGCUUUCUGCUCUUUUAGUUUCUGGUCAUCUGCAGGGACUUCUAGAACUAGAAGCUGGAUCCCUCUAGUUUGUUUAGGAGCUAUACUUCUUGUCUUUCUUUGGCUUUAGGGCAUAGGGUGAAGGGUGACAGAAGGAGACAGAGGCAAGGAGACCUGCUUCCAGUAUCGAAGUUUACAUGAAGCAAACAUGAAGUUUAUUUAAUCAGUAACUAAACAAUGUUUUCUGUUCUCAGUUCGUACUCCUGAGCAUUCUGUUAGCAGACUGAAAUUAAGCUCUAGGCUUACAUUCAGGCUGCCUACAGUGACCCCUUUUGAGUGACAUCUGCUAAUAUAUGGAAAUGCAAUAGUUUUCACUAAGAAAAAGCAGACACUGUAAGUUCAUUGCUUUGCAUUUAAUCCUAUUUAGAGAUAAAAUGUCUGCUGGAGAUCAAUUAGGAUCCUUUUUUGAAUUCUUUGACCAACUCCUACCUGAUCUCUUGGAUCGAAAAGUAUCUUCUGCACAGUUUGUCAUCUUACUAUUCACAACCUUUUCCAGAUGUUUCAUGAAGAUGAGCAGCACAGAUCUCAACACUGAUUCCUGUGGGAUUCCACUGGUGAAGUGGAUGAUGUACUGGAUAGUGUUUGCCUUUUUCACCACUGCAGAAACACUCACAGACAUUGUUCUUUCUUGGGCUGAGAGAUGCCCUGUUUAUGGAGUUUUCAUGGCUAUGGAUGAAAGACUAAAUGAUACUCGAAGAAGGUUUCCCUUUUAUUUCGAGCUGAAAAUUGCAUUUGUGAUUUGGCUGCUCUCCCCUUACACCAAGGGCUCCAGUGUCCUCUACAGGAAGUUUGUGCACCCAACGCUCUCCAAUAAGGAGAAGGAAAUUGAUGAAUACAUUACUCAGGCUUGUGACAAGAGUUACGAAACCAUGAUGCGAGUUGGCAAGAGAGGGUUAAACCUUGCUGCCAAUGCAGCAGUUACUGCAGCUGCAAAGGGCCAGGGAGUUUUGUCUGAGAAGCUUCGAAGUUUCAGCAUGCAGGAUCUCACUCUGAUCCGAGAUGAAGAUACUGUGCACAUGCGAAACUGUGAUCCACAGCUGCACCCCUCUGGCACGAGUCUGCUGGAAACUAUUGAAGACUCAGCUUCCUGUUAUUCCUCUGGAGAGGAGAGCAGUGUGGCACAUCGGUCUAAUGGAACCCCAUCAGAUACUAGAACAGACCCAUCAGAUGAAGAUGCAGGAGACAAACUUCCUAAACGUACCCAGAGUCUCAAAACUCCUAAAAAGGUGAUGAAAGCCGAACUUCCAGUGAGAAGUGUAAAAGCCCGCCCUAAGAAGAAAGCUGCUGGCUCUCUUGCUUCUGGCGAGUCAUCCUAAGGCAACCCCCACCCCCCAGCACCUGUCUCUGUCCUGGGAUUUGCCUUUCGCUUUUAUGGGGGAACUCUCCAAAGGAAGGGAGCUGAGAUUCUUGUAAAUAACCAAUACUGCUUUACAGAGCUCAUUCCAAGGCAAGGGGGAAGCUGGGAUUCAGAAAGCAGAGUAGAGGAUACAAAUCCUCAGGAAUUUUUCUCCUUUUCAUCCCUCUGUUGGAGGGAAUGCUGAUAUGUCUGUACAUAACCAGUUGCUUUGGAAUUCCCACUGUAUAACUCUAGUUGAGAAUCUUUGGUGGAAAAACUGACUAGGGUUAGAGACAUCCUUUGCACAGAAACUGGAAAAAUACUAGACGCAGGAGUUCCACAGGGUGGGUGGCUCUCUAAAAUGUCUUAUCUUGCUCUGGGUAUUUUCCUGCAGCUGUGUGUUGUUAAGACGUGCCCACCAUGAAUUGUAUUCCUUAAGAAUGGACUGUACCUGGUAUGUCCACCGCCUUUGAAAAAGUGACUGAAGUGAUAUAUGCUGAGUGCUUUUGAACAUAAAGGACUGGUUUAUGGGAGAUAUAUGCUAGAUUCCCAUUACUCAUACUGGAACAUGAAGAGAUUGGUUUUUAUUUUAGUUUUUCUGGAAGGUGAAGGGAGAUAACUAGAAAAACUAAUAAAGAAAAUGUGCUAUUAUGUGCACGUUAUAUGAUAGACUAGGCAAGAGUUACUGUUGAGAAGGAAAGUUUGGCAUCUCUAAGAUUUUUGUCUCUUUUUGAAACUGCUUGAAUUUUAUUUCGGGUUCUAUAUGCCCACUUUGACUCCUAUUGAGAGCAUCAGAAUGAGGCGAGUCCCAUGCAGUAGGUCCCAUGCAGUUCCAUGGCAAGCGUACUCGAUUUGCCAUUUAGUGGUUGAACUCAUGUCAUUGUUUUGCUUGUUACUUCAGACAAAUUCUUUUAUUCUAGAAGAUGUCUGGGGAAAAUCUGUCUCAAAAAUCUGCGGGCAUACUUGAGAAUUUCAGAAGCCCUCACCUCUCAGCUUUAGGAGAGUCAAUCCUCAGGAGAUGAGAACUGAAACAGUUGAUUUAUUAACAGUUGACUUCUGCUAACUUCAGGAUUUCAUUUAUGGGGGAUAAAAAGCAGGGACUAGGGUGCAAUACUGUGAUUAAUCAGUCCUCUUGCUUUAUCCUGGUGCAGCCCUUGCACAAUUUUCUGUCUGACAUGUGCUGUGUUUAUCAGCGUCCCGAGACUUGAGCAAUACUUAACACUUGGGACAGAAAACUACAAGGAAUGUAGAACAUUGUGGCAGUGAAAUUGCAGUGCUGCAGAGAAAAUUUGCAUCAUGCCAAGCCGUACUAAUCUCUUGAAGAUGUUUAAGGGGAGAUCCCCUGUACACAUGCCAGCUGAGUCAGUGAAAAUUUGAGAUUUAUGAGUAGGGUUCUUGUUAUCAAGACCUAUAAUGAAGGUGCACCGUUAUAGACAUGGGUGUCUGAAUGAAUACUUGGUGGUCUUAAUUUACACUGAAAUUAGUUAUCAAAGGAACCUGGCUCCUACAUGCAGGUGUUUGUGUCCCAUACUUUUGCUGUCACAUUUCUGAAAUUAGAGUGAAUUCUUCACAGGGCCCAAUAUUCUAGAGAACAGCCUUUCAAAAUUUUAAGAAGCUGAAGACUAGGACUGAAUGUUUUUCUUGUUUCCCAUUGUCUUGGUGGCAGAUUAUUUUCUGUUGAAUUGACCAGUUAUUUCAGGAAACCAAUUAACUUGGGUUUACUAUUCUUUGUAGCUUUUAAAAAUUUAAACUUUACAGUCCAUGUUAGAAACUUGCAUCUCAUCAGAAAUAUUUGUCCUAAAUUAUCUACAAGAGUUUAUCCAGAAGUGAGUAGAAAAUUCCUGAUUUGGUUCUGAAUUUUACAAAAACAACCCAAUUAUUUUGUUAUUUGUUAGUUUAUUAGCAAACUUCAUGUCUUACUGCACAUGCAAAUGCAUAUCCUGAAGCAGGAAUACUUUCUGUUUCCAAAGGAAAUUCCUCUCUUCCGACAAUAGAUAAAAAUCUUUCAUGGUUAUGUGGAAGAUUCAGUUGUGAGGAGCUGCUGCCCUAGACAUUCCUGUACUGAGCAAGAGUUCUCUAUAUACCAAGUAUGUCUGCGACCUUUUUUUUUUUUUAAAUUAAAAUUUUGCAUAGCAGAUUAUUUAUGUAAAUCAUUGUGAGGGACUUGAAUUAGAAGCCAAGUCUUCCCUUGUGCUGAUCUUGCCCUUUCCUCGUGCACGCACUGUGAUGGUCUACUAUUACUAGGUUUCUACAGAGUGACUUCCCAGAAUCUUCUCUAGAAUCCAUUUCUUUGUAGAGGCUUUUCUGCUUUGAAGCACAGGAAGAAUUUCUGAAGAUUCUGUUCUGGUAUUAGGAUUUAUCUUUGUCUUCCUGAGCUGGGUCCUCUGCUAAGUAGCUUUUACUUAGCAUUGAUGCUUGAUGGCAUUACCUUGUGGGUAAAUAUGGGUCAGUUUUACUCUGACAUUUGUUUAUACAGGAGAACUGGCUUUUGGUUGCAAGAAUGAGUCUACAGUAGAGUCAGGGACUGUCUAGUGUGUGAUACGAGCUGAUGAUGUCGAGCAGCAGAAUUUACCCAGAGCAAGAGCAAUGUCUCAGCAUGGAUACUGUUUUCUUCUUCUAGUACAAAUGUGGCUGCUAGAUUGUGUUUUGCUUGAUCAAAGCCACUGCAGAUCUACCACCACCCACAUGACCUCUUAAUGAGUUUCUAGAUACAGUUCUGCAUUGGAUGGCACUGUCUUGCAUAGAAAUUCUCUUGUUAAUGAGAAAGCUGAAUGUGCUGUUUUGAUAAAAUGCUUUUAUCAGCUGCUGUUCGGUCUUUUCAGCAGGAAAUGCUGGAAUGUAGUUUCUUUUCAGUAUCAUCUGUGGGCUUCGAUGUGCAAUUAAGCAAAUGGUUAAAUCUUCACCUAGCAUUAGUACCUGUUGUAUUCGGUAAAUGUAUACAGCCUUUACUUAAUAUGCCUGGCCAGAGAAGUGCAGUAAGAGAAAAUGAUACUUGAGUCUGGGGGCUGAAGACGAUGGUAUGUGUGUUUCAAACUUCAUGUGCCUAAAGGUUAUCCUAAAAUACCUGUACCAUGAGAUACAAAGUUGAAGCCAUGACUGCCUUUUGAAAAGAAAAGUUUUACUUUCAUGCUUUGUAGUAGUACGAGUCAGUGUUCUGCUGUUGGAAAAGAAAAUAGUCAAAUAUAGUGGUUUCCUGUCUGAGAAACUUCAUGAUUUGUUGCAUAAAAGGGAAAAAAUGUUUUCUUGUUUGGCAGUAAUCCUCCAUGGUGACUAAAAAACAUGAAAAUAUAGGGGACACAACUGUCAGGUUUUAAACCUUUACACUUUACCUAAACAUCUUUAUUACUUACUUUUUAAAAUUUGAGUUUGCAAUUCUCCAGCUUUACAUGUCUGGGACUGAUUUCUUUUAGACUAGAAUAAUUUGCUUGAUAGGUAGAGCGUAUACAUAGAGAGGGGUGCUGGUAUUCUUAAAAUUGCAAAGCUUGUCCUGGGGAAGUUUCACCUUCCCUUAUUUUAGGGAACUGAUUUCCAUUCAUUGUGCUUUUGCAGUGCUGGGCUUUCUUUUAUACAUCCCUCUUGGAAACACAAUUUCCUCACAAUAUACUUCCUUGGAAAGCAAGAUCUCUGGAGAACCACAAAUUUCCAAAAAUGGUUAUUUAUUCUGUGCCAUCUUAAUCAGCAGGAAAUUUAGUGCCUUAGGAGAAAAGUAAGAUAUCUAUGGAGAACUCUGCUGGUUCUCUGAUCUACACAUAGCAUUGUAUAAAGGAGGCUCACAAGUUAACUGUGAAGUGUUAUUGUAUGCUUAAGAGCAGCUGUUGAAUUGAGCUGGUUUUUCCUUUCUGUCUUCCAAAGCUGCAUAUAAUGCUGGAAAGUGUGGAUUGUUCCCUAAGAGAGAAAUCUAGGGAACAAA